AUGCAGCCACAAGAUCCACCCACCCCGCCGCAAACCCACGCGAGCGACGGCCACGGAGAGCAGACGCUCGUCCACACUCGCUCCGAGUCGCAACCGCCUACCGCCAACGACAAGCACACAAGCACGGCACCGACUCGCAGACUCACCAACCCACUCUUCGCCGACAAGGCCAGGGGGAUCCGUCUGCGCGCCUUGCGCUUUACCGCAAGCUGGUUCUCGGUCACCAUGGGCACCGGCAUCGUCAACACGCUCCUCUUCCUCCUUCCCUGGCGCUCGUCCCACUCCGCCUUCCGCGCCAUCGGCUCGGCCUUCCUCCUCCUCGACAUGCUCCUCUUCGCCGCCUUUUCCGCCCUCACCAUCGCCCGCUACGCCCUGUACCCGCGCAUCUUUCUCGCCAUGCUCCGCCACGAGACGCACUCGCUCUUCCUCGGCUGCAUCCCCAUGGGCUUUGUCACGAUCGUGUCGGGCAUUGCCGCAACCGGGCACGAGUACGGCCUCAACACGCUCGACGCCGCCCUCGUCCUGUACUGGAUCUCGGUCGCCAUGUCGAUCUUGACCGCGUUCGGCGUGCCCUUCAUCAUGUUCACCCAGCACCAGCACGCGGCCGAGACGAUGACUGCGGCGUGGCUCCUCCCUAUCGUGCCCCUCAUCACGGAAGCCGCCGUCGGCUCGACCCUGUGCAAGCUCCUACUCCUCGAGGGCCGCACGACCUACUGCCUCACGCUCCUCAUCGCGUCGUACCUGUGCGGCGGCAUCGGCAUGCUCCUCGCGGCGGCCGUCAUCGUCCUGUACCUUCAGCGCCUCAUCCUGCAUCACCUCCCGCCGCGCGAGGUCGUCGUCUCGAGCUGGCUCCCUGUUGGUCCGAUCGGUCAAGGUGGGUACGCCAUGAUCGAGCUCGGCCACGUCGCCGUCGACCUGUUCCCGCGCCUCGCGGCCGACAAGCCGCACUUGGCCCAGCUCGGGUACCCGAUGCUCGGCGCGGCCGUCAUGCUCGGCCUCUUGCUCUGGGGGCUCGGGAUCUGGUUCGCGUUCCUAGCCAUCGUCAGCAUCGCCGCCCAAUUCCGCGAGACCAAGACGGGCGCAGGGACGACCGUCUUCAACAUGGGCUGGUGGGCGUUCACGUUUCCACUCGGGUCCUUGACGCUCCUCACCUUCUCGCUCGCCACCGUGUUCGACGCCAUGUUCUUCAAAGUGUGCGCCACCAUCAUGACCUUCAGCGUCUUCUCGCUGUGGAUCGUCGUCUUUGUCCCGACGACGCUCGGCUUCUUCCGCGGGACACUGUUUGCCGCCCCGUGCCUCCAGUCUCUGCCGCCCAACUACGUCGACAAGCUCGCGCCGGCGGCGGGAGGGGAGCAGCUCAGGAAGGAGGAGGCGAGGGCAGAGUACGACGCGCAGUGUUCGUAG